AAGUAGUCUUUUCAGCCCUGCCCCCAGCUACUGGUUCUUCCCACAGGCAAACAUAGUUACCAUGUGUAUAUCCUUCCAGUUAAUUUUGAUGUACGCAUAAGAAAAAAUAAGUAUAUAUUACUUCUAUCACCCAAAUGUUCAUUUACAGACCUGAAUUUUUUCCAUUUCAGACUAAAAGGAUGGUUUAUUCAUACCGCAAUACACAUGUGUUGAUUUAUGGCUCAAAUACUAACUGAGCACCUAUUAUGUGCCAAGCAAGGUUCCAGGAGGCAGAAACCUAGAACACGGUGCCUGCUCUACAAAACUUGACCACACAGAAGGGGAGAGAGAUGUGUAGACAGUGGAAGUAAUUUUGGAAAAGGAAGAAUCUAAUAGAAAUAACUAAGGAAGGCCAAGUUUUUGGUGAGGGCUUGCAGAAGAGACACAUUCACCCCUUACUGCAGGAGGGGGUUUUGCUCAUAUUUGAAAAAAAAACAAAAAAACAAAAAAACAGUCCCGAAGUGAUCGUUAAUGCCUGUCCCAAUCACUGCAUGGGCCUUAGUGUUUCAUUAGGGAAAAAUCAGCUGCAGACAUCCAGGUCCCUGUCUUCACACUUUCACAGUGGAGCACUCCGGUGUCACUCUGACAUUUAGGACCAUUGGAAGAGCAGGGGCUUGGUGUCGCGAGAAGCUGUGGCCCAGGCUGCUGCUGCUGCUGAGGCAGAGGCCCAGGCUCCAGCCAGGAUCCAGAGAGUAAGAGCCAAGAAAAAGAAGCCAAUGGGGGAGUGUGUAGUGAAAAGACUCACCCUUCCCGAAGGCCAGACCACAGACAGGUCUGACCUUUGCUUCUGGGAGGUGAUGUCUAAGCCCUUGGAAUGGCAGGCCUGAUAAGAGUGUCUUUGUUUGCCUGUGGACCUUGAGCCAGCCAGAUAGUAACAAUACCACGUACAUACGGCCACGUAUGUACAAUAAGGCCACGCACAUACGUAGGGUGGGGGCUUUGGGCCCUGCUGUGUCAGCUCAACUCUGGAGGGGCUGGACAUGGGUCAGCCACGUGGGCAGUCAGGUAGGCCCUCAUGACGGAGCCUCCAGUAAAAACUCUGGGCUCCGAGCUUGGGUGGGCUUCCCAGGUUUACAAGAAUCCAUUGUCACACGUGGUUGCCAGGGGGAGUUAAUGCCAUCCACCAGAGACCCCCCAGAGAGGACAUCUGGAAGCUGCGUGUGUGGAGCGCCCCCCAGACCCCGCCCCGUGCCUCUCUUCCCCCCGCUGAUUCCCGUCUGUAUCCUUUGUCGGUAAUAAACCAGGGCUGUGAGUGUAACAGCUUUCAGCGAGUCUUGUGAGUUCUUCUAGGAUUGUCAAACCCGAGGGCAUUUUUUGGGCGCCCCCUUGAACUUGCAGUUGGUGUCAGAGUGAGGGUGGUCUUCUGGCCUGCUCUUUCUAAUCUCUUUAGGGAUGAGAAACGUUUUUUACUCAUGUGAAGGUUAACCUACACAUGGGAACCAGCCCUGGACUUGAUAACACCCAAGGGUCUGUAUUAUUGAGUCUGGGGGACGGCAGCGAAUUUGGGCUAAUUUACAGUGCCACUGUCUGACAGUAUUAAUUUAGAGGCUGCUGCUAUACAGACCUUUAGGCCAUUUUGUAAACAUUGCUCUUUGGGUUUUAAUUCUCUUGGACACAAGGGGGCACUCCAUGCCAGCUCUUUGAGGAAACCACCCGGGAGGAAGUUUGAAUUAGAGGACUCGAGAAAAUAAACUCAAGAGGCCAAGCUUUUUCCAACCAACAAAGACAGAUUCCCAUGUCUUUCCUGCUCAUGGUUACAUGACCUCAAAUCGUGCAGUUCAGUUCCCUCAUCGGAAACAAGUUCCCGUCCCGCCUUAGGUGUCAUUACCCCAGUUCAACCCAGACUCCUGCCUGCUAGUCUCAAACCUUUCCCCUCUAUUCCAUGUUCAUGAGACACCAGACUCUGGUGCUAGAUAGAGUAAGAGGUCAGGCUCUGGGCCAUUUAUCCUCAAAAACAUCGGGGCUGGACCCAAACACGUGAGACAGGGAGCACAAGCAGAGGGGUGACAUGAGGAACAACGACUAGAAUCCGUAUCUGUGGCAGGUGAACUAAUGGGGGUAAAGGGCAGAGCCACAUAUAAAUGCAGCAGGUACAGACGCCCCAGUGUCAGGGACAAAAGGGGAAAAGCUGGAUGGCGUGUGGCCCUGGUGUCUGAUGGAGGAGGAGGUGCAGCACUUAAUGAGCCCUGACCCAGAGAGAGGCUUUGGCAGACUGGCUGCCGCAGGGAACCCCUGACUCCUGCUGCUUGGCCAGGGUGGUCUGGAAAGGCCCACAUCCUGCGGACCCAACAGGGCAGAAAGUGAGUUCCCCUGGAUGGGGCCUGCAACCAGCAACAGUCAGCCUGGGCUCUUGCAUCUGCUGGUGUUCCCUCUUCAUCCCAUGUGCCUUUUAUUCCCCUAUGCAAACUGUCUGCCCAGAAGACAGCAUGGCGAUUUCCUUCCUCUUCUGUCCGCUCUAACAAACGUCCCCCCUAGGGGAGUCCCUCUGACCAGGGGACCGGUGGCACUUCCCCCGCACCUGCCCACCUUUCUCAUCAUCCCAUUUUGUUUUCUUCAGAGCACUUGACACCCUCUGGCAAUUUUAUCUGUUUAAUGAAACUCUGUCUUUGUAUUUAAAGGGGGUUCCUUUUAGAAAACAUAGUUGGGUCUUGUUUUAGUCCACUCAUAGUCUGUCUUUUAAUUGGUGUAUUUAUGACCACAGUUAAAAUCAUAGUUGAUGUAGCCGAAUUAAUAUCUACCCUGUUUGUAAAUGUUUUCUGUUUGCUUCCCGUGUUCUUUGUUUUCUUUUGUCUCCCUCUUUUUCUGUAUUCUUUUGUUUUAAUUGAAUAUUUUAUAUGAUUCCAUUUCUCUUAGCAUGUCAAUCGUAGCUCAUUUUUUAAAAUAAAGUUUUAUUUGUUGCCCUAGAUUUUGCAAUAUAUAUUUACAGCUACACUGAGACCACUUGCUGCUGGCCAGGUGGCUCGGUUGGAGCACCUGGCUGGAGCAUCAUCCCAAACUCCAAAGGUUUGCUGGUUCGAUCCCCGGUCCGGGCACUUACCUGGAUCGUGGGCUCUGAGACCGGAGAUAGAAUGGGAAACCCUGACACUGCAGCUGUCACCAGUCAGCACCCUGAUUUUCGGGAAUCGCUUUGUGACACCUGAUAGUAGGUGUUGUGGUUUCCUCCCUUGAGUGGGCAAUCAAGGAGGAUUGUGGGAAAUUGUCUGGGUAGAAGGUUAAAUAAAGACUGUAUAAAGCCUGUAACCAACUGUUCAGUAGAAGAGACUCACUCCCUGGCCAGAAAUGGCCCACUCCCAUAUUUUGGGAUGACGAAGCCAAGAGAACCAAGGCUGAAGCUCCCCUCCCUUUGGUUCCUGGAAGAAAUGAGGAUUUUGGGAAUGGGGGUGAUUUUGACUUUGGAACUUGUAAAAUAUGUGUUUACUUUGGAAUUAAAUAUUUUAGUGUAACUUUCAUUAUGACUGCAUUUCUGCACAGAAUCCUUAAUUGGCAAUAGGCAAUUCUUGACACUUUCUGUAUGAUUAGAGUCCCUAUUCCUUUUUUCUUUUAUCUCCUGAUGAUUUGGCCAAAGGGCUGGGAGAAGGGAAGGGAUUAACUACAAGAAGAAAAGAAAGAAUUAACUUGGAACUUUUGAGAUGAUCCCUAACAUAGUGUUUUUUUUGUUUGUUUGUUUGUUUUUUUGUCAAGUGGUUAUUCACCUUGGUUUACUGUGUUAAAACUGUAAAUACAGCAGAUCAUGACAUUCCUCACCCACUGGAUUGGGUUUUCCCUGUCUUUUUGUCUGGCCAUUUCAGUAGCUGGAAGGUGUGGGCCGUUUCAGGAGCUGGUCUCGCUCUAAGUGGAUCCUGACCCUCAGGUUUGCCACUUGUUUCCCUGGACAGUUUGAUGGUUGGUAUUGGUUCUGGUGGGUGGUUCCCAUUCAGGCUUUCUCCUGUUUCCCAGAAUAGUUAUCAGUGACGAUACCGGAAACUUUUCCUUGCUUGCUUUGCUUACCUUUGUGUGGCCCGUUCAAUCGUUUGUAGCCACCAAGCGCCUGGACCCCUCUCCAUCUGCAGCAGCUCCAGCCUCGGUCGGGGCACGGGCAGGAGGCGACUGAGUGAUGUUUCUCCCUCACGCCCGGGUUUCUCUCUCUCAAUCUCUCUCUCUCCUUCCUUUUGUAAAAUCUAGAAGCAUCCACAGGUGAGGAUUAAAAAAAAAAAGACCACUUUCAAAUACACUAUACUGCUUCAUAGGUAGUGUAGGUACAUACUUGUAUAACAGAGUAUUCCCAGUUCCUCCCCUCUGUCCCUUAUAACAUCGCUGUCAUAGAUUUCACUUAUCCAUAAACUGUAAUCAUCUGCUAUAUUGUUGCUGUUAUUAUUUGGACACAUUGUAUUUGUUUAUCUAUGUAUACCGUCUGUCUUCCCCAACUAGACUGUAAGCACCGCAGGUGCAGGAAUUGGGUCUGUCCUGCCCACCAUUCUCGAGCCAGGGCCUAAAACAGUGCCUGGCGCAGCGUGGUUCUCAGUAAAUAUGUGUUCCAUGAGGCAGUGGAGUCCUAUUUUCUCCUUCUCGGGGUAACCUGAUGUGCUAUCAAAUACAACAAUGGAUGUAAAGUGAAGCCCCAGGGGUGUGUACAAACUUGAAUACUCACUGGCUAAUCCCUUGAGCAGGCAGAGCUUUCAACUGGAACGAUAAGGGUUAUAAGCCCUCACUUCAUGCCCCCACUGCACCGGAGACAAGAGCUGGGAAGAGAUAAGGAACCCCUGAGCCAAGCGUCAUGGCAGCCAAGCCCAAGCUCUGGUACUUCCGAGGCCGGGGCAGGAUGGAGUCGAUCCGCUGGCUGCUGGCUGCCGCUGGAGUGGAGUUUGAAGAAGAAUUUCUGGAAACAAGAGAGCAAUAUGAGAAGUUGCAGAAGGAUGGAUGCUUGCUCUUUGGCCAAGUGCCUCUGGUCGAAAUUGAUGGGAUGAUGCUGACACAGACUAGAGCCAUCCUCAGCUACCUGGCUGCCAAGUACAACUUGUAUGGGAAGGACCUGAAGGAGACAGUCAGGAUCAAUAUGUAUGCCGACGGCACUCUGGACCUCAUGAUGAUGAUUGCACAGGCUGCCUUCAAACCCCCGGAGGAAAAAGAGGAGAACGUUGCUUCCAUCGUGACCAAAGCUAAAACCCGUUACUUCCCGGUGUUUGAAAAGAUUUUCGAAGACCAUGGAGAGGAUUUCCUCGUUGGCAACAAAUUCAGCUGGGCAGACAUACAACUGUUAGAAGCUAUUUUAAUGGUGGAAGAACUCAACGCUUCUGUUCUCUCCGACUUCCCUCUGCUAAAGGCAUUUAAAACAAGAAUCAGCAACAUCCCUACGAUUAAGAAGUUCCUGCAGCCUGGGAGUCAGCGGAAGCCGCCCCCGGACGGCCACUACGUUCAAGUGGUCAGGCACGUUCUGCAGUUCUGACGGCAGCAGGUCUUCAUAGCAAACGGUCACGGUCCCAUCGCAGCCACGGCGGUGCCCGAGCUCACGGUAGAUUCUAGGUGUAAAAUGUCUGAAAAGAACAAAAACACCCUGUCAUCAACAGCAAAUGCCCAUUAAACGCAGAA